CCUUACGUUGGGAUUAUUUUUGUAAGGCGUUAACUUGCCGUAUAUUUAAAUGAAACACCCUGGGACCCGUGUCAUGCCGUCCUGGUCGCUGCUGUUAUGUCUCCUCUAUCUGUCAUGUAUCUUCCCCCGGAACCACGGCGACACCGGACCGGAAGAAGAACACUGCACCGGAAGGACCAAGUAUAACAUCAAAGAAAACGCCAGGUUUCUACUGUAUGACGUCAAUCCCGGUGAGGGUUUCAACCUGAGAAGGGACGUAUACAUGAGGGUGGCCAACCUGGUGCACCACCUGAAUGAGCGCGAGCCCUGGGUCCUCGUACUCCCACCAUGGGUCAGGAUGUGGCACUGGAAGUCACGUGACGUCGAUCAGGACCGACUGAAAUGGUCCGAGUUCUUUGACGUGGGCAGCCUCGGUAAACACGUGCCCGUGAUUGAACUGGGGGACUAUAUCAAAAAACGAGCACCAAUCAUAGACGAGGUAUACCAUCUACAGGGCGUGGUAGACGUCACAGACUGGGACACCAUCAUGAUUGACAGGUGUCAAAGGGAUACCAGAUUUCAACAGGAUGCGCAAGGAAAAUGGCGUCACUGGUAUUUUGGAAUCGAGGAGAUUUAUGCAGAAAAAUUCAAUUGUCUCUCCUUCUUUGGGCAACUAAGUCUUAUGGCAACAUUCCUUGCAGAGAACACAACGGGAAAGUUGAUAUUUCUACCUCGGGCCGAGAACCUGCUGCAUGGCGAGUAUGGCGAACACAGCUCUCUAUUCUGGAAGGCACGGAGAAGCAUGAUGUACGCCAAACCUCUGCGUGACGCUGGCGACAGAUUCCGCAGGGAACACCUCGGGUCUGAUGACGUCACAGACAACACUGUACUGAGAGACUGGACAACCGUCAAGAGCCAGCCUCGACAGGCGGUAGGGGGCGCCUACAUCGCUGUCCAUCUACGACGGGGCGACCAUCUACACGUUAGGGGGAGAGAACUCCCAAGCAUCAAAGAAGCUGCUAAACACGUGAAGAAACUCCUGAAGAAGUUGGCAUUAGAUAAAGUGUUUGUUGCUACCGACGGGACUGAGGAAGAAUACCAAGAGUUCAGGAACUAUCUAAAGAAGCACCAAGUUCAUCAGUUUCAGCCAACACGACAAGAAGUUGGUAUCUACAAAGAUGGCGGCGUGGCCAUUAUCGACCAAUGGAUCGCUUGCCACGCUAGGUACUUCAUAGGAAGUUCUGGAUCAACUGUCUCUUUCCGAAUUCGAGAAGACCGCGAGAUCCUGGGAUUUGAACAGUCAACCACAUUCAAUAGAUUCUGCGGUGACGAGGAAUCGGACUGUGAACAGCCAGCCCACUGGACCAUUGUCUACUGAUCCAACAGCAGAGGGAUAAUGUUGGAGUGCAGUUCAUUGUACUCCGCAUGCAUGGAUGAAGGUUUAACCAGUGCACAACAAAUUAAUGGCGGCAAUGGAUAACAACGAAUCUCCUCACCAACAAUUGAUGUCGGAAAACACAUUUAGAUACAUGCAUCUGAUAAAAUCAUUUUUCUUAUUUUGGGAACACAAUCAGUAUCGAUUAUCAGGAGUUUUACAAAUUCAGUAAUUAGGCAACAAACUACGGACUUGCCCAAAGAUUGCGCGAUAAACAGAACUGCGGACUAAUCUACAGAUAUUUAUUGCACCGUUAUUUGAAGUCUAUGGGAAUGCAGAGAUUCGUUCCUUUUUAGAACACAGAUAAUGUUUUGCUUUUGAUAUUGCUAUAUGUGCAAGAGAAUAUGCUUUUAGAGACAUAAAAGUCAAGUGCUCCAAACUCUGAAUCACCGAUUAAUGGCAUUAAUGGUUUACAUUUUGGCCAAACUCGAGAGAGACACACGACAUGGUAAUAACUUGCAUGUUUGCUGCGUCCGUCAGCGUAUCGAUUUUUUUUAGCACCGUUCGCCAUUUAUUCUUAAUAAAAGCAUUAAUUUGUGAGUGCAUAAUGUUACGGUAGCCUCAAGAUGCGAUCCUAAACUCUUUUCUUCCAACUCUGCCAAACAUGCGUUUAUACUGAAAAUCCCCUUGUUCUACAAUAGCUGUGCAGUAAUUAAAUCACAUAAAUUAGUUGCUUUUUAAAUUCUAUUUACAAAUGAAUUUGAUAUUUAUGUUGAUUGAUAAAGUUCAGUGUUUUGAAAAUGUAACAUUAAUUUUAUUGAUCGUUUUUAUACAAUAUGAAGUACAUGUAUGAAAUGUGACACGGAGCAUAAUAUUAUGCUAUUGUUAUGAUUACCCCCAACCCCCAUUCCCUCAAAAAAUAACAACAACAGUUGGAAGUAUUUCUGAAUUCAUUUGGUUCUUGUCAUGUAGAUGUUGAUUUUCCGAUGAGUACAAAAUGAAAAAAAAUAAGAAUUACUUGACCGCAUUUGAAGGUUAUUGUUAAGGAAGGAAUUAUUUUCUUUACACAUAAAGUAAAUAUAUAUUUUU